UUCAGGUUCUUUGCUCAUCCUUCCUUGUUUCUUUCCAGAAACAAACUGCAGGUCAGGUAAAUAAACUGUUUCUCACCGUUUUUCAAGAUAAACUGAAGAAAAAAUAAUGGCCCAGGCUAAGUCAUGGGUUCUGAUGAAGCACUUCGAUGGCUUCCCAAAGGCUAGCGACUUUGGUGUCAAAGUGGAGGAGCUUCCUGAGCCCAAAGAUGGAGAGGUCCUGCUGGAGGCAGUAUUUCUUAGUGUGGAUCCAUACAUAAGGCUGUUCAGUAAGAUGUACAUGAAAGAAGGAGAUGUCAUGAUUGGAACUCAAGUGGCAAAGGUGAUCCAAAGUAAAAACUCCGCCUUUCCCGUGGGAAGCCAUGUGGUGAGUUCUUGUGGUUGGACAACCCACUCCAUCUCAGAUGGGAAGGACCUCACUCCUGUCAUGGCUGACUGGCCUAAAGAUGUCUCUCUGUCACUGGCACUGGGAGCUAUCGGCAUGCCAGGCCUGACUGCUCUGUAUGGGGUAGAAGAAGUUUUGGACCCGAAGGCAGGGGAAACUCUGCUGGUGAAUGCUGCAGCAGGAGCCGUGGGCUCUGUGGUGGGACAGAUUGCCAAAAUCAAGGGCUGUAAGGUGGUGGGUUCAGCAGGAUCGGAGGCAAAAGUGGCGUUUCUGAAGGAGUUGGGGUUUGAUGAAACCUUCAACUACAAAACUGUCUCUUCCCUGGAGGAGGCUCUGAGGAAGGCUUCUCCUGAUGGAUACGACUGCUUCUUUGAAAAUGUUGGAGGACAUUUUUCAAAUGUGGCUUUUCAACAAAUGAAGAACUUUGGAAGAGUAGCUGUGUGUGGUAGCAUCUCCAUAUACAAUGAUUCAACACCACAGAUAGGAAUAUUCCCACAUAUGACUAUAAACCACAAACAACUGAAGAUUGAAGGUUUCCAGGACACCAGAUGGAAACACAAAGAUGCUGAAAGCCUGAAGAGACUAAUGGCGUGGUGCAAACAGGGAAAACUGCAAUGUCGGGAGCACAUCACCAAGGGCUUUGAAAACAUGCCAGCUGCUUUUAUGGGGAUGCUGGAUGGAGACAACAUUGGCAAAGCCAUUGUUGCUGUCUGAGGAUUGUUUUAAUUUAUUUUUUAACAGAUAAUUUAGGAUAUUACAGGUCAAAUUCAUCAAGCAAAAAACAAUAAAUAAAUAAAUAAAUCUAAAAAAACA